AUGCAUGCGUGCGUGUGUAUGUGCUCUCGUUGUUUUGUUGCCAUUGCGGGUCCUAUCCUCGGGCCAGAGUACAGAAGCUGCCACACGCUCUCGCGGGCGCUUGUCCAUUCAUUCGGUGUCAGUCGUUCGUGCGAUACGGGCGAACCCACUACCUAUCCCGGAAGCAGCAUCGCGCAGCAUACACACAGAUACAACACACACACACACAGUCCACUCCAGUACAGAGUGUGUCCAUUCCGGUCCAACCUUUUUUUUGUUCCUCCCGCCCUCUCCCGCCCUCUCCCUCAUAAAUAGAAACGUUCUUUUUUUGCGGUUUGUUAAAUCCCAUUGUAACCCCGUCCCAAACCCUUAAGCAGCCUCCUCCCCUGCAGCUUUGUUUGUGUGCAGUAGAGCAUCCCUUAUCCCGGUGUGGUGAAAUUAGAUCCUUUGGGCCGCCACUGCGGCAGAAAGUGCACACACAGUGUUUCGUCCACAAUUUUCCCAUUCCCUUUGUCACACCACAACAACACCACACGACAUACAAAAAGUGUUUUAAAAAACGGCAAACAAAACGCCCUGUAUCAAACGCGUGCGUGCGUGCGUGUGUGUACGGUGACUGCAGAGGUACUACCGCACACACACGCUCUCCCUCUCUUGUUUUGUUGGUUAUUGUGUGUGUGGCUGCAAAACAGUGUGUACGGUUCAAAAGUGUCAAGAUCAAAAGGAUGACAGGACUCGCUGCUUCCUCCGUCGUUCGUCCUGCUCCCGUGGCAACCACGGCGCCGCCGCAGCCUGCUACCGUGCCGUUCUAAUCCCAUCCCGGAGCUGCCGUCUCACAGUGUGUCUUUUGUGCCUUUAGCGGGGCGUGGAGGGUGGUUCGGAUGCUGCCAGUGCAAGUCCUUAGUCCCGAUAGUUCCCACGGUUCGUCGGAGAAAGCGUGAGCCAGUGAGAGGCACGUAGACCAACACAACCCGCAAAACAAACCAGACCCGCGGCAAGACCCGUCAAUUCUAAGCCAAACACCAAACACACGCCAACUAGCACGUGACCACGGCGGCCGCGUCGGCGGAAAACAAGAGUGUUCAAAGUGACAGCAGCUUCCGGAAGAACCUGCACAAAACAACAACCAAAAACACUCCCUUAACUGGGCCACAAAGUAACGCUUUGGAAUUGAACUAUCAGUGAGACCACCACAGUGAGAGGCGAAACGCCAACACAAUUCCCCCUUCCCCCACAUUUCACAGUGUGAUAAGAGUGAUCAAACAUUGGCCUUGUGGUCGGUUGGGUGGAAGCGUCGCUGUUGCCGAGCCGCCGCCGCCGCCACCACAGAAGUUCACCCACGUCGCGCGGAAGCAGACGUUGGACAAUGUCAAGGUGCCUAGCGGCGUACAGCGUCAGCAGCGCCAUCACCGUCAGACCAUCUGCCGGCCGCCCCCGGUCGGGCGUCGUGCCACAAUCGAAAGCUUUAAUAAACAGUGCAUUGCCGCAGCAGAAGGAGCAGCAAUAGGAGAGCGACGUGGAGAGAGUUAAACCAUUUGCGCACCGAGUUUGUUAUGCGCUAGCGUAAGCCGGGAAUAGGUCCACGUUUUACACACUACUGGGCACUACUUGUUGUGCAGUUUUUAAAGAAGUGAAUCAAAAACCCACACACACAAAACAAAGCGCGUUUUCAUUCGCGUGUGAUAAAAGGAAAAAACAAGUGCGGAGCGUGUACGCGUGACACGCACAAAGCGCAAAACACCCCGAAUGUUCAACAUGUGGGCCCCGGAGUCGGAAAUCAACUCGAUUGCCUUUACCAACAUCCGCCAUUCGGUGUCAGCUUCGUCUGGUAUCUCUACACUCUCGAGCUGUGGAGAUCCAGAGCGCCUACCGGAGCUACCGCCGGGUGAUGAACAGCGUCUUCAGCGAGCUGCCUUGACUCUACAACAGAAACUAAUACUUCGCGAGUGGCUUAAGGAGCACCGGCUGCAGCAUCAUUAUUCCAGAUUGGUUGCCAUCGAGGUUACGGCACUGGAAGAUGUGUACUGGCUGGAAGAUUCCCGCGCCAGCCAAAUCCUCGGCAAGGAUUGGCCGAUCUGGUCGAGCGCGCGCCAAAAACUGCCAACCUCCAAAGCCAACCUGGAAGCCUUAAAAGCCGACCUGUGGUCCACGGUGGUCAAGUCCAGCCAGCACCAGGAUGCCUGGACCUGGGGCGGCAUGCUCGUCGUCUCGGUGUCCGUCGCCGGGCUGGUCACGCUGGCCGCCAUGACGCAACCGUCCCUCGCACCGGAAGCACGCCAUUCGCUCCUGCAGUACGUCACCGGCAAGUAUUUGCUUCCCGCGAACUGCAAGGUGCACUGGGACUGGACCGAACCGGCCCGGGUCGGCGGCACGAUGUGCUUUACCGUCCGGUUCCAUCAGCGCAACGGCCAGGCCUAUCCCAUCUGUGAUACGGAUCAGUUUUUCGUGGAGGUGACCGAAGGUACGCGCAAGAUCGUCACGAUCAGCGAGCUCGGCUCGCCGACCGAUCCGAACAACGCGAAUAUUGCGCGGGUCAAGUUUACCGUGCGCACCGCCGGCCAGUACAAAAUCUCGGUCUUGAUCGGGUCUAGUCAUAUCGCGGGCAGUCCGUUUACGAAAACGUUCGCCCCUGGACCGAUGGAUGCGCGUCGGUCGCGUCUGAUCAGACCCGCCAGUACGGUUGUGUGCUGUGCCGGUGCACCAACCUUCCUGCAUAUUGAGCCGCGGGACGAGCACGGCAACACGUGCCAGUUUGAGGCGGACUGUGACCCGAUCAAGGGCUACAGCAUCGACAUCUUCGAUCUCUACGGUAACCAUAGUGAUAAGUUUGGCAGUGCGGUAACGUUCUCGUACGAUAAGGUGAAUGCGCGCAUCAGCCUGACCGCUCUGUUCCCGGAGCCGGUGUGCCUGCGGGCGGUGGUCGCGUACGAGACGCAACCGAUCCCGAACGGGGACUUUGACAUUAUUGUGCUGAGCAGCAGUGAUACGACGCUGGUGCAUAAGAAUAUUGCCUCCCGCAAGCACAACAUCUGUUACGAGGCGAAGCUGUUCAGCAUUUAUGGGCAGCAGCGAUGGACCAAACCGCGCAAGGUGUUGUGCUAUGUGGGGCCGAAGCAGGUCACCAUCAAGGAGAUGAUCCUGAAAAUCAUUCCCAAGCGUAUAGCGACGUUCCGGCUCUGUCCUUCCACUAAAUUCCACUUUCUUCCACCAUCAACCAUUCAAAUGAACAACGGGCACGGUGCCAUCUUCAUCAUUGACGAUGGCUGUCAGCCGAAGAUUGAGCUGGCGUCCAAGGAGCGCAACGUCAUCGCGGCCACCUUCACCCACUUCCUGCUGAAGAACAUUGGAGGAUCGGAAACGUUCAAAGACAAGCAAGACUUCUUCUACCACGAAGUGCGACUUGUGCGCAAGUUCCAUUCCAACUACUACCACGAGAAGCUAUCGCUGAAGGUGCAGCGCGACAAGAUCCUGGAGUCGAGCAUGAAGGCGACGAAGAACUUUUCCGUGUCCGAUUGGUGCGGCAACUUUGAGGUUACAUUCCAGGGCGAGCAAGGCAUUGAUUGGGGCGGGCUGAGACGCGAAUGGUUCGAGCUGGUCUGCAGUGCCCUAUUUGACCCCCGUGGCGGUCUGUUCUGUACAUUCCACGACAAGCGGCAGGCCCUGGUACAUCCGAACCCGAACCGGCCGCCCCAUCUGAAGCUGAAGCACUUCGAAUUUGCAGGCAAGGUCGUCGGCAAGUGUCUGUAUGAGUCGGCACUCGGUGGCACCUACCGGCAGCUCGUAAGAGCACGCUUUUCUCGCUCCUUUUUGGCACAGCUGAUUGGGCUGCGAGUACACUACAAGUACUUCGAGCAGGACGAUCCCGAUCUGUACCUGUCGAAGAUCAAGUACAUCUUGGAGACGGAUCUGGAUACGAGUGAAAAUCUGGAGCUGUACUUCGUGGAGGAGAUGUACGACCAGAGUGGUCAGCUGCAGAAGACGGUCGAGCUGAUUCCGAACGGAGCUAAGGUGCGGGUUACAAACGCAACCAAGAACCAAUAUUUGGACGCGUUGGCCCAGCAGCGUCUUUGUAAUAACGUCCGAGAAGAGAUCGACAGCUUCCUGAAGGGAUUGAACGGUAUCAUUCCAGAUAAUUUGUUGAGCAUUUUCGACGAGAAUGAGUUGGAGUUGCUACUCUGUGGUACCGGCGAGUACUCGAUCGCUGACUUCCGGGCGAAUCACAUCAUCAACGGAGGUUCGGCCGAGUUCCGCCGCGUUCUUGGUUGGUUUUGGGCGGCCGUCGGUAACUUUUCGCAAACCGAAAUGGCGCGUCUACUUCAGUUCACCACUGGCUGCUCCCAGCUACCUCCUGGAGGCUUUCAGGAACUGAAUCCUAGGUUUCAAAUUACUGCAGCUCCUACCUUUGGUAAUCUUCCAACGGCUCACACUUGUUUCAACCAACUUUGCCUGCCCGACUACGAAAGCUACGAGCAGUUUGAGAAGGCACUCAUGUUUGCCAUCAGCGAGGGCACCGAAGGUUUUGGCAUGGUCUAACUGGUGGACGCGUGGUUUGCAAAAGAGUUGCAGUACACCGGAAACUGGCACCGCUAUAAUCCGCUUUCUCUUAGGUGCCAAAUACUCCCCGAUGCAGUUGUGUUGUGUUUUGCGCCCCUGUUUCUCUAUCUAUCACUCUCUUCUACUAAUAAUACUACUACAUUCCUUCACCGUAUUGUACCCGUUUAGUGAACAGAGCUUCAGAUCAUCUCGCUUCGACAACAAUCCCAUACGGUUCUGUGCCAAAUUCGUACUCCUAGUUGCAUUUACGCGAUGGUCAGAUAGUGCGUUGCGUCCCUCGUUGCCUUUUGGGGAAAUUGGAAUGGGGGAAGUUUUGGAAAAAGAUACCAGAGACACACCUGGUUAGGGCAUCAAGCUCCCUCCGUUCAGUAGCGUUCGUUUUUUGUAACGAUUCUAGUGCAUACAGAUAACCACAUCCACACGCAUCAACCGGUGUGCGCUUCCAGUAGGGGCCUCGUUGCAAAAAAAAAAGUGUACUGUACAAUACGUAUCCGUUCGAUGCUUAUGCUGUACGCUUAGUCGUUGCGUUGAGUGCAAUAGUGUAGCCGAAGCGUGUAGCACAUAGUUUGGGAAGAGUCGUCGGCCACUUCAUUCCAUACCUAGCGUCUGCGUCACAAGUAUUGUUCUAGCGAUCAUUCAACCCCAAAUAAUCCCAAAAAUAUAGCCUCCAAAACCACAACCUUCACACUCUGUUCGUCGGCUGGUCGAUCUGCAACUGGAAUGCAAGUAAAACAUGCUGAGAUUCUGUGAUACUUAAGAAAAGCAAAUCGCAACUCCAAUGGAACCUUACUCCGGGUACCGAACCAAAACUAUUACAAACAAAACUCCCGUAAAAUUCUAAUAUUUAGAAAAUGUAAAUCCUCUGCACUUGCGAGGAUCGAAAACGAGUGCAGAUUCAAAACACACAUACAAAGUUAUCCAAAGACAGAAGACGAAAGCAUCCACAGAAAAGGCGAAAAGUUAAUUUGCCCAUUUUAGAAUAUCAAUUCCAGUUAAUUCCACAGUGAGAGCAGAGAUAUCAAAAUGCAGACUAAAUACCUAAAGCUAAUCAUACAAAUUGUCAAACACAUUUGUUUACCAACCUGUCGAAGAAGGACUCCGCGUUGGAGUCUUGCCCAGGUCGGGAUGAGGUCGGUAGAGCGGAAGAACAUUAGACCACAUACAAAGCUUUUAAUUCGAGUUCAAAAUUUAGCUGUUAAAUAUAUAACCUAUGUAAACCAAAUGGAAACCAAUAACCUAUAUAAAGUAAAGGCACACAGCAUAAACAAAUUGGAAGAAAGACACACAAAAUCACAAGUAGGGCCUAUAAUAGAGUAACAAAGUCGAGCCAAUGUAGGACCGAUCGAUGGGAACAUUUUCGAACGAUCUUUUGUGUUACCAUAUUGGGGGGAAAACAUGUCAGGAGCAGCAACAAACAAAAACUUUACAAAUUCAUCGUGUAAAAGAGCGGAAAAUAGGAAUGCUCUUAUUUAAAGCAACAAGCAACAACCCUUCUAUCCAUUGCGAUGAUGGUCAAAACGUGAUCGGAAGUGAGAUUUUCAAAUUACGGAUCGAUAACGGUCGAUUGUUUGUAAUAAUAAUAACAAUAAAAAAACAACUCCAACACCAGUGCAGCAUGCAGCCAAGCAGCUCGCGCAUCCAAAACCCCAACAUUUUGCCACCGGUGCGCUUAGCCAUUUGCGGGCGUUUGUGGGAGGAGGACGAAAGAAGCAGACGGGAGGGUGUGGAUGUAGGGCGAAGUUUUGUCCGGGCGAUUGAGAUGGGCGUGUUUUGCAUGACUUUUGUUCUGGGUUUUUUCGAGCGACGACCGUCUCGGGUUUUGUCAUCACUAGUAAGCAAUAAAGUAGAGAUAUUUGUGCGCUAGAUGUGUAGAAAGUGUUGCGAGGAUGGGAAAGGGAAGAAGCAACAGCAAAUAAACCAUAUUAGAUGAAAGCAGUCUCUUAGGUGUCACUCGCAGGAACAGAAGAAAACCAAUUGUCAUCAGCAAUGGAGAAAACAACAACAAAACACUGUUUCGCAUAAUGAAGUGCAAUAAAUAUUAGUGCAUAAUCGAACGGAUUAGGAACCAAG